AUGCGCCCGGGAGAUAGUGGCUUUGGCGAGGAGUUGGCGGAGCGGUUUGGGACACUCACCACUGUCAAUGACGGACAGGUCAACAAGAAAAGGACGUAUCCUACAGAUCAACCGCCAAUGUAUGCGGCCUUUGAUCAGACACUGGCGAAUGCAAUCGCUGGUCAGGGACAGCCGGCUGCUUCCGGGGAGGAGGCUCGUAACACAAUUCGAAUUAUUGAGUUAGCCCGCGAAAGCUCUGCACUAGGAAGGACUUUGGCCUUCAAUUAG